AUGGGUCGUUUCUUCCCUCUCCUGAUUGCUGCUUCGUUUCUUUCUUUUGUUUCAUUCAGUGUUUCACUCUCCACCUUCUCCAUAUCUGAAACUUCGAACUUUACACUUGUGUGUGCUUUAGUACCAUCUCUCAAUUGUUCUACCUUAUCAGGAACUCGUUUUCGAACCCCUUUCGACCCCCAUGUUUCGUUUAGUGGGAUUGUCUCCGGGGACGGGUUCUUGUGUGGUUUGAGGCCAUCGUUUUCCUCACCUAAUGCCUCGGUCAUGCAUUGCUGGAGAUUCUUCAACAAUGGUGCUACUAUGGAGUUUAAACGAAUUUACAAUGGUCCAGCUCUUACCCAACUCGAAGCUGGAAACUCACACAUUUGUGGUCUUAAUGAAACCAACGCUCUUGAAUGCUGGCAAUGGCCCGAAUUCAAUCAAACCUGGGAGUAUCGGAACUUUUCUUCGAUCGCUGUUGGUGAAGGAUUUGUGUGUGGAUUAUCAAAGGAAGGAAAGAUCAGCUGCCAUGGAGACAUAGAUGGUGUAUCGGGUCAAGAGCCUAAAGGGAAUUAUAGCGUGAUUGCUGCUGGGUUUAACCAUGCUUGUGCCAUCAGCAGAGAGAACGAUUUAGAGUGUUGGGGGGACACGGUGGUCGACGAUACUCCAACCACGAGGAAUUUCAACGCACUGGCUCUGGGAUUGAAUCGAAGCUGUGGGUUGAGGACUAAUGGAACAGUAGUCUGCUGGGGUCAAAAUAACUUCACUCUGCCGCAGGAAUUGGAAAGGCGUAGUUUCAUUACAAUCAAAGCAAAGAGAAAUGUCUUUUGUGGAGUUUCAACGUUGAAUUAUUCGUUGGUUUGUUGGGGUGAUUCAAGGUUUAACUCGAGUUCCUUGGUAUUCUCGGAAGUUCAACCAGGGCCAUGUCGGAAUACAUGUCCAUGUGGUACACUGCCGGGAACUGGUUCGUUUUGCAGCAAUGGUGGAUCCGUCUGCAAAGCUUGCGUGCCGAUAUCGCCGUCCCUGCCAUCUGCUCCCUCACCUACACAACCUCAAAACAGAUCCACAGACAAUAAUUUGAAUGGCAGAAUGGUAGCUUUCCUAGUUGUUGGUUGUGUAGGAUCCUUCUCAUUGUUGCUAGUAGUCGGUUUCUUUGUCUUCAGAUAUUGCAAAGGUAGAAGAUGUCGUAUCCAUGACUCAGAUCGGCUCGAUGAAACCAAUGCGUCGGCUUAUGAUGUUUCCAAUAAGCCCCAAGCCUCAUUAGCACCAGCAGUUCUUGAGAAGCGUCUCAGCCAAUUGACAAGCGUGGGAUAUACAAUUUGUUCGGAGGAAUUUUCUUUAGAUAAUCUGAUUCAAGCCACCAACAAUUUCUCUGAAGAUCAUAAAAUUGGUGUUGGCAGCUUCGGUUCUGUCUACCGAGCCACUUUUGAUGACGGCCGUGAAGUCGCCAUCAAACGAGCUGAAGUAACAAGUACUUCGUCCUACGUGAUCGGCACUAAGCAUCGAGAAGAUAAAGAUGAAGCCUUCAUUAACGAGCUCAAAUAUUUAUCUCGCCUCCACCACAAAAACCUUGUCCGACUAUUGGGAUUUUACGAAGAUGCCAAUGAGCGUGUACUGGUAUACGAGUACAUAAACAAUGGCACACUACACGACCAUCUCCACAAGCUCCAAUCUUUACCCUUCAUGUCAUGGGCUACACGGCUUAACAUAGCACUAGACGCUGCGAGAGGGAUUGAGUACUUGCACGAAUACGCCGUACCACCGGUCAUACACCGCGACAUCAAGUCUUCGAACAUUCUACUCGAUGCAUCUUGGGCCGCAAAGGUAUCCGAUUUUGGAUUAUCAUUGUUGGGCCCAGAGGAUGACGAGUCACACAUCUCGCUGCGAGCAGCCGGCACAGUCGGGUACAUGGAUCCAGUAUACUACAGGCUCCAACGACUAACCACCAAGAGCGAUGUGUACAGCUUCGGUGUAGUACUGCUCGAAUUAUUAUCCGGAUACAAGGCGAUCCACAUGAAUGAAAACGGGUCACCGAGGAAUGUGGUUGAUUUUGUGGUUCCAUAUAUUGCCCGUGACGAGAUUCAUAGAGUUUUGGACCGUCGAGUCCCAGCACCGACCAUGUUCGAAAUAGAAGGUGUUGCAAGUGUAGGAUAUUUAGCAGCUGCCUGUGUGGGACCCGAAGGCCGACAACGACCAUCAAUGUUCGAGGUUGUGAAGAGCUUAGAACAGGCUCUAACUUCGUGUUUGCGUCCCCCAACCUUGUCUAGAACCAGUACAGAAUCGUCAACGUAGCUGAAAAUUUGUAUUGUAAAGUAGAUAAU